AAAAGCAUCGGGGGAUGCUGCCAAGCGACUUCCAUCUUGGUCUUCAACAAGAUAUAUCAGUACGUGCUCAAAUUGCUCACGGACUUUGAAAAUUGGCAGACAGAAACUCAGUAUGAGGACGCCACUAUUGCGAAGGAUUUCUGCUUCAAGAUCGUCAACGCGUACUUCGCUUGCUUCUUCGUGGCUUUCGUGCAGAACAGCAUGUUGGUCUACGGGGUAGACAUGCACUGUCCUGAGUGGCACUGCAUGCCGGAGCUGGCGGGGACAUUGGCUGCAGUAUUCAUCCUCCAACUGACGAUCGCUCAGUUCAUGGAGGUGGGCCUCCCGAUCAUGAAGAACCGGGUGCGAAUCUUCCUCAAAGAGCGGGCGGCCAAGAGCCACGAGGUGCAGUCGGAGGAGGCGGAAAACGUCAUGGUCAUGUCGCAGGAAGAGAAGCAGAGCAAACUUGACCAGUACUCGGGGGUGUUCGAGGAGUACCAGGAGAUGGUCAUUCAGUUCGGCUACGUCACCUUGUUUGCGGCAGCUUUCCCACUAACUGCAGCUCUCUCCCUCAUGAACAACCUUGUGGAGAUCCGCACGGAUGCGUACAAGCUCCUCAAGGGCGUUCAGAGGCCCCCGACCAAGGUGGCAGCGGACAUCGGCACCUGGCAAGUGAUCCUGGACAUUAUCAGCACGUGCUGCAUCCUGACCAACUGCGCUCUCGUCGGGUUCACCAGCCAUGGCCUGUUCUUCUACUUCCCGGAGAUGACGCCGGUGGAGCGCGUGUGGAUCACCGUGAUCUGCGAGCACUGUCUCCUUGUCUUCAAGGCCAUCCUGGACUCCAUGCUCAACGACCCUCCGAAGGAGGCCCUGGAGGCGUACGAGCGCAGGUGCUACUUGCGCGAUCAGGUGCUGGCAGAGUGCCAGUAUCUGCAGCCGGAGGAGAAUGAUGGCCCCUUCUACACAGACGAUGAGGGGGAGCCGUUUUACGGCAAGUGA